UGGCAGUCGGCAAGGGGCGGCGCGAACGAGAAAAAGAAAAGGGGCGAGAAAGUUUUUUUUAAUGUAAUGAGUCGCUCAAAGUAAGUGUGGAGAGAGGAAAGUGGGGAAUUUGUGAGUGAGUUUUUUUUGUGCUUUAUGCCACUCCCUAUCGGAGUUCUCGUUCCAGGUCCGAUUCUCCUCCGGAAAGCGCUUUCGUCGGUGGACAUGCGGAUCUGCGGGUUCAUCGGGAGAAGAGGCCUUCCGGAGAAGGUGUACAGCGACAACGCCACCAACUUCGUGGGCGCGAGCAAGGUGCUGAACGAGCUGCAUCAUGCGUACCAGAGGGACCAGGACCGGCUCAAGGCGUACGCAGCGCGCCAAGGCGUCGAGUGGUGUUUCAUACCACCGAGAGCACUACACUUCGGCGGAUUGUGGGAGGCAGCCGUCAAAUCAGCCAAGCAGAGGUUGGUACGCGGAGUGGGCAGCGCCAAGCUCACCGCGGACGAGCUGUGCACCCACCUGGUAGAGGUAGAGGCUCUUCUCAACUCCCGGCCAAUCGCGUCCCCAGGCAACGAUCCCAGCGAUGGAGAAGCGCUAACGCCAGGGCACCUGCUGAUCGGGCAGCCGCUUCUUUCGCUGCCGCCCGAAUCAGAUCACGACGACAGAUGCAGCAGGGGAAGCUUCGCGUACUUGAAGCGGUGGCGAAUGCUGUCAGCGCUCAAGCAGCAGUUUUGGCAGGGCUGGUCCAAGGACUACCUGGUCAGCCUGCAGAAGCGUCACCAGUGGGCUACCAAAGGGCCAGACUUGGACAUUGGCUGUCUAGUGCUCGUCCACGAGGACAACACACCGCCACAGAAGUGGACCACAGGACGAGUGGUGGCCGCAAUCAAGGGAGAAGAUGGGAGAGUGCGCGUCGCCGAGGUGCGAACAACCGCGGGCGUAAUUAAACGCCCAAUACACAAAUUGGCAAAACUGCCAAUAGACGGUUGAAGCACCGGAGGUCUUCAACGGGGCCGGAAUGUUGCAGCAGAUGAUCGUAAUUACUCUAUCGUAGCGUGUGCGAUGUUGUGAGCAGAGCUUUUGCUUUCACACGCCGCGCUCUUGUACUGCU